UCUUAUAUAUCCCGAUUCAAGGGGGCUACCCUGGAAAAAUCUCAAAGAAACAUUUGCAGAGCUGUUCAGUUGAAAUUUUGAUGCUUAUCUCUUUGGGAUUUUAUUUUCAUUUCCAUCUUCUUCUUCAUUUUUCUCAUUUUCUUCAAUUUUUGUUGCAUUAACAGGGUAUUUUAGGUGUUGGUAUAUCUGCUGCAUUUCUGGGAUUUAUAAUGGAUGAAAAACUUCAGGCUUUCAAUGAUCGUGUCAGAGGCUUACGAGCUUUCGAUGCUUUUCCAAAACUCGCGCCAUCAAACACAGUCAGAUCAACAAGAGGUGGGUAUUCCACCAUAUUUCUCAUGGUUGGAAUAUUUUUUUUAGUAUGGAUUGAAAUUGGCGGUUGGAUAGAUGGUGAAAUUGAUCAUCAGUUUUUUGUUAAUGACCAAGUUGGAAAGAACUUGCAAAUCAAUAUGGAUAUUGUUGUUGCAAUGCCAUGCAAUUUCAUUAAUACAAAUGUUUUAGAUAUUACAAGCGAUAGGUUAUUAGCGACUGACUAUUUAACUUAUCAAGGUAUAAAUUUUUUUAUUCCAGAAAAUUAUUUAGUUAAUAUACCUGGACAACCCAUAAAGACUCCAGAAAUUGAUGAGAUUAUGAGGGAAAGUUUGUUAGCUGAAUUUAGAGAAUUGAACAAUGAUAAGAAUUCUGGUGCCCCUGCCUGUCAUAUUUUUGGUUCAAUACCGGUGAACAGAGUAUCUGGUGAUUUUCAUAUAACUGCUAAGGGAGUUGGCUAUUUAGAUCGUUCAUCUGUUCCAAUAGCUUCAUUGAAUUUUACACAUGUCAUCUCAGAGUUUUCAUUUGGUGAAUUUUAUCCAUAUUUAACUAAUCCUUUAGAUUUUACAGCAAAAGUAACCAAGGAGCAAAAACAAAGUUACCAAUACUAUAUGUCGGUUGUUCCAACUACAUAUAAAAAAUUGGGAGUUGAAUUACAAACCUAUCAAUAUUCAUUGACUGAACAAGACAAAUUAUUUAAAGAUUUGAGGUUAAAUCAUAUUCCAGGGAUUUUUUUCAAAUAUGAUUUUGAGCCAAUUUCACUUUUAAUUCAAGAAAAGAGAAUUUCAUUUAUUAGAUUUAUGACCAGAUUAAUAACAAUUUGUGGUGGCAUAAUGAUUUCAUUUCAGUGGUUUUAUAAAUCAUUUGAUCAAAUAUUGAUAUUUUUAUUUGGCAAAAAAUUUGCUCAAAGAGGCCAGGAAAAACCAAAAACUUUGUUGGAUCAAGAUAUUAAAACUAAUAUUGAGUAAUAUUGAGCGAUAUUAGGUGAGAAUGAUUAAAUUUAAAAAUUCAAAAAAAAAGAAAAAAAAAAGAUUGUGAUUUAUUUGAUAUUUAUGAGUAUAUAUUAAAAUUCUUUAGAAAAUGUAAAAAAAUUCAUUUGAAAGAAACAAAGUAGAAUCCUUAUCAAUUGCAUUAUAUUAAACACGAUUUGAGCCAAUUAACUCAUUUUAGUUUCAAUUACUACAAUC